CAGACGCCGCUGGCCGCGCGCGGGAGCCGGGCGCGAGCAGAGCGCAGCCGCGAGGGAGGCGCGGGGGAGGCGAGCGGGAGCCGGAGCCGGAGCCGGAGCCGAGCGGCAGCCAGUGUUGGCGGGGAGCAGCCGGGCGCAGCCGGAGCCGGGGCGCAGCCGCGAUGGCCGUGGCCGUGGGGAGACCGUCUAAUGAAGAGCUCCGAAACUUGUCCCUCUCUGGCCAUGUUGGAUUUGACAGUCUUCCUGACCAGCUGGUCAACAAGUCGACUUCUCAAGGGUUCUGUUUCAACAUCCUGUGUGUUGGUGAGACGGGCAUCGGCAAGUCCACGCUAAUGGACACUUUAUUCAACACCAAAUUUGAAAGUGACCCCGCUACUCACAAUGAACCAGGCGUCCGGUUAAAAGCCAGAAGUUAUGAGCUUCAGGAAAGCAACGUCCGGCUGAAAUUAACCAUCGUGGACACUGUGGGAUUUGGAGACCAGAUAAAUAAAGAUGACAGCUACAAGCCCAUCGUGGAAUAUAUCGAUGCCCAGUUUGAGGCCUACUUACAAGAGGAAUUGAAGAUCAAGCGGUCUCUCUUCAACUACCAUGACACCAGGAUCCACGCGUGCCUCUACUUCAUCGCCCCGACUGGGCACUCCCUGAAGUCCCUGGACCUGGUCACCAUGAAGAAACUGGACAGUAAGGUGAACAUCAUCCCAAUAAUUGCAAAAGCUGACACCAUCGCCAAGAACGAAUUGCACAAAUUCAAGAGUAAGAUCAUGAGUGAACUGGUCAGCAACGGAGUCCAGAUAUAUCAGUUUCCCACAGAUGAAGAAACGGUGGCAGAGAUCAAUGCGACCAUGAGUGUCCACCUGCCAUUUGCCGUGGUCGGCAGCACUGAAGAGGUGAAGAUUGGCAACAAGAUGGCCAAGGCCAGGCAGUACCCGUGGGGCGUGGUGCAGGUGGAGAAUGAAAACCAUUGUGAUUUUGUGAAACUGCGGGAGAUGCUGAUCCGCGUGAACAUGGAAGACUUGCGAGAACAGACUCACACCCGCCACUACGAGUUGUAUCGGCGUUGUAAGCUCGAGGAGAUGGGGUUCAAGGACACUGACCCUGACAGCAAGCCCUUCAGUCUUCAGGAGACAUACGAAGCAAAAAGGAAUGAAUUUCUGGGAGAACUUCAGAAGAAAGAAGAAGAAAUGAGACAGAUGUUUGUUAUGAGAGUGAAGGAGAAAGAAGCUGAACUUAAAGAGGCAGAGAAAGAGCUCCACGAGAAGUUUGACCUCCUGAAGCGGACACACCAAGAAGAGAAGAAGAAAGUGGAAGACAAGAAGAAGGAGCUGGAGGAGGAGGUGAACAACUUCCAGAAGAAGAAGGCGGCUGCCCAGCUGCUGCAGACCCAGGCCCAGCAGUCUGGGGCCCAGCAAACCAAGAAAGACAAGGAUAAGAAAAAUGCAAGCUUCACAUAAAGCCUGGCAAGCCAAGGAUGGUCCCGCAUUCACCUGCUUUUGCAGUAAUAUUGUAUCGCUGCCAUCUGUGUCCUUUUUUUUUUUUUUACCUUUCCCCAGAUACCAAUAACUCUUAACUCAUUUUGCUGAAUGUUGUUGGGUGCUGGAAAGUGAUAGAACAAGGGAAUGACAGCAAAAGCUCUGUGCAGCUGGACUUGGCCUCUGGAAGUAAAUGAGUUGCCUUUCAUGCCUGUUGUGAGUGGCGGCAGGAAGCAUGCCUGCUACUUGUAUGUUGCUUUGGACGGAGGGAAGGAGGGUAAAUUGCUACACGUUCGUCUGACAGGAAAACUCACCGCCUCAGCAGCUGAACCAUAAACCUGAAUAUCCAUGACAACUUACUGUUCUUAAUUAUUCAUGAUGGCAAAAGCCCCGAAUUCACUCUCUGUCUCUUCUCCACACCCACCCCAAACCCAAGAUAGCUUUGCACGUAGGCAGGCCAGUGGGUAAGCUGUAUAUGACUUUUAAACUUGCAUGGAUUGCUCAUUGUUAUAAUAACAUUAUUUGGUCUGGGUUGUGGGUCUGUUCAGACUGACUGUCUCUGCUUAUGGCUUUAAAAAUGUGUCUGAACCCCUAACUCUCAAAUUCUGGCCGAGUUGAACUGUAAGCGGAUCAAGGCUACACUGAUAAAAGUGAACAUAAUCAUAGUUUCAUAAUCAGCAAUCUCAAAAGUCGGAUAAAGCAACAUUGCUUAGCAGAAGCUACUAACGGUGAUAGAAUUAGCAAUCUUUCAUAAACACCGAAAUCUGCUCUCAGUGGGCUGAGAGGAGGACCUAACACCUGAUGUCAGGGAUUCGGAACCUCCAAUAACAUUUUUCAGUAAUCAUGAGAAGAAAAUUUUCAGAAAUCCUUCAAAUAAAAAAUGUGUUGUAAAUUGUGUAUCAUCUGGAGCACAAAUUUGAGGGUGAAUUGUCAAUUUCAGGUAGAAAUGGGAAGGAAUAUCACACAAACCCACAAGUCAAAGAAAGUAGAAACUCAACUUCACCACCAACCUCCUUGCAUAGGGUCCUUUUGCUAUUUGGCAAUAAAGGGAAGAAAAAAUAUUACAGGUGGUCUUUCAAAUCCAGUUGUCUUGAAGGAAUUUCCUCACCUUUCCUUUCACAAUUAGCUCACCUCCCUCUUUAUGCCAAUCAAUGAAGGUUAGGACUAACCCAUAUGCCAUGACAUAGGCUACCCCCCAUUGUUGUAUGGAAAUGGGCAUAUGUAAUCUUUUUUCCAUACUGUUCCUUUAUAAGGCUUAUCCUUUCAUCUUGAUUUUUCCCCCUCCUAAUAACAAGAUCCUACCAGCUUUCCCUCUAACUCUGUAGUCUCCUGUUCUUACAUGAAAGACUGCAUUUCUCAUGAACUCGAUGCUUUAGUAUUUCCUUCGGCAUUUUCCUUCUGGACUUACUCGUCCUACAUAAAUAGCAUGGAGUGCACUGCACCUCCCCUGACACACACACACACACACACAUUUUUAAGUCUAUAGAUGAUUCCAGUGAAGAUUAUUUUUCCCUUCUCUUGGUCCUCAACCAUACUCUUAGGGGAAAGGAAUGGUCUUCCAUGAACUGAUUUUGGCUUAUUUAGGCCACGUUAAGAAAUUGGUUUCAUUGAAGCACUAACGAAGCUGGGACAGAAACUGCAAACUAGGAGCAGCAUUAGUGAUAUAGGGACAGGUUUCAGGGUAACUGGGCCAAGGUUUCUGUUUUUUUCUUUUUUUUCUUUUUACGAUUCUAGUGUGAUGCUGGCUGUGGAGCAGCGGCUAUCGGAUAGCUUGCUGAUUCUAACCACGGGCUGAAUUUGCUCAUUUGCUUGCACCAGACAAAAGCUUGAAUCCUUGUGUUGUAUGCUUGUCCCAACCGCUGCUUGUGUGAGCAUUUUUGUGCUUUGUAACAGAAAAUACACUUCCAAAUUCUCAAAAUGCAUCACUUUAAAAUCAUUUUUAGAGCAUCACUAAACCCUCUUUAAAGCGAGCCUAGCCGUGGAAGGCAUCCAGCUGACUUUGAUUCCAAGAUUAUUGAUUGAUUUUUUCCAUUAAAUUUUCACAAUAAGAUAAAUCAUAUGGAGAGUCAGAGAAUAAAAAGCCAAAAGAAAUAUAUAGUCUAGAGAAGCUUUUUAAAAAUGCGUUGCUUCUGAACUUUCCCUGGCCCUGUUUGGUUUGUUAUUGCUGUCCUUCUUUCUGUAUCUGUGCCUUUUUUCACAGUAGCCCUUGGCUCUGCACGGAGUAAAUGAUACCCUCCAAUCUAAUUGGAUGUGCUUUCGCCUUUGCAUGUAAGUACGGUAGUAAGAAACCUUUGAGAUUUUUCUGACUUUAAAAUUAGAGAAGCAUAUGGGAUAGGUGGAUUUUUUUUUUUUUCCUUUUUGGAGGGGGAAAGGGAGGUAAUGGUUUGAGAAGCUUUUGGUUUAAAAAUAAAAGCUAACUAUAUUUAAAAUGGCCAAUUUUAUAUCUUUUUUCAUGAGAAACACAUAAAUUCAGUUUUUCUUUGAUAUCAGUAUGGAAGCCAGAAAUUACUAGUCCCCCACCACACAGCACUGUGGGUGUCAGCAGAUAUAUUACAGAGGGCCCUCGGUUCUAUGUAAAUACAGUUAGAAUGAGAAACUACCACCUUCCACUGGAGAAAACCAAGAGGAAAUAUUGCUUACGCUAGGCUGCCUCGAUGGCUGUUUAAUUUUUUGUGAUCUUGCUUGAAUGGCCUGGCCCUCGUGCUAACUGCGGCAGUGAUCCCCUCUUUUGUUUAAGCCAGGCGGCCCCAGCUGGCCCCUCCCCACACCUCCUGUUCAAUCAUAAUGGCCAACCUUGUGCCUCUCCUGGACUUUAGAUACCGUAGUAGCUGUGCACGCAGUAGGAUGUGGUGGGAAAACAUGUAUGAGAAUUUAUUGGGAGGUCAGACUGUGUUUUCCAGCUUAGGCUCUUUAUUAAUUGGUCAGGAUUCUGUCCAGAAAGGGCACCUCCAACGGGGACAGUUAAUGGAAAGCUGGGCGCAGGCUCCUUAUCUUCCUCCUCUGCUUUGUAAUCAAUAAAAGCAAUAAAAAUAUUCUUCACGUCUGUGCACCUCCAACAAACAGACUUGGUUUCCUCGCUUCCCUGACAUAUCCAUGUGUUUCACAUACAGUCUGAUUGGGCUUUUCAGCUGUUAUCACCCUUGUCAUACUGUCUCUGUGUGGUCCGACCAAAGCUGUCCAUUCAGACCAUCUCCUGUUUCAUUUGCAAGUGUUUGACACUGCCAAGUCUCAGCUUCCAAAAGUCAUGGUUCCAUUAACAGAAUAUGUAUGUAUGACUCCUGAGUGGAAAUUAUGACCUACAAAGUCUAGAUUGUAUGUAGGUAUGAAGGGAAUUUUUUUAAUAAAUUGGAAAUUAAGCUGUGAACAGCAUUAGAACUUUGUCUAUUUCUUAAUUUUAAAAUAUGCUGAUAUGCCUUAAACUGUAGUUGUAGAUCAUUGUCAUUUUGCUAUUUGAAAAUAACCAAUGUGUUUCUAAAACUGUUGUGUAAUCUACUUUCAGUGUUAAUGCAAAAUUGUCAUAUAUGUAAGCUGCAUGUUUGCCUUGUCUUUUUUUAAAAAAACUAAAAUAAUUGUAUCGA